AUGACUGGUCCAGAAAGUGAUGGCCAUUUCCAGCUCACUGGUAUGGAAAAACAUCUUAACUCUAAUACUUUCAAAAGUAGCAUGAAGUGUGUACUGACCACAUAUGGAAGUAUUGCUUUGUUGGUAUUCUUCUUCAUGUUAAGGCCCACAAAAAUUCCAGCUGUAAAAGCAACAUAA